GGUUUGCGCACGGGAGGCGGAAGGGCGUGGCUUCUGGGGGCAAGUCCACUGCGGAGUCGGGAGCAGCAGCAAAAGUGGGAUCGAUCCCAGAAAGAGAAAGUGUGGGGUUUUCGGCGAAGACCAAAUGCAAAAAAGUCCCCAAAAAGUGCUCGGGAUCGGCGAUCCCCAACGCGAUCCCAGCCGCCAGGUCCCUGCAGCAGCAGCAGCAGCAGCAGCAGCAGCAGCAGCAGCAGCAGCGGCGGCAGCGGCAAAGCGAGGAGACGUGGAGCGCUUCUGCGAAACAGCAGCAGCAGCAGCAGCAGCAGCAGCAGCAGCAGCAGCAGCAGGGGGGAGGACGGGGUGUCGCAGGGGCAGCAGGCGGCGAGGCGCGAGCAGCGCAGCUGGGAAAGUCGCCGUUAUCGUCAUUAACUCCAGCAGCAGCAGCAGCAGCAACAAGAGCAGCAGCAGCAGCAGCAGCAGCAGCAACAGGAGCAGCAGCAGCAGCAGCAGCAGCAUGGCUCACCCUGCCGCAGCAAAGGCAGCUCCUCUACCGUCGUCUCUCCUGCGCAGACACGGAAGCACACGAACUGCCGCUGCAGCAAACACAAGAAGCUGCAGCGGCUGCAGCAGCAGCAGCAGCAGCAGAAGCAGCAGCAGGUCAUGAAGUAGACGCAGCAGCAAAAGCAGCAGCAGCAGCACCACAGAGAAGAGAAACACAAGGCAGCAGUGGCUGCCGCUGCAGCAACAGCAGCAGCAGCAGCAACCGCGGUGUCAGGCGAAGCAUCAGUGGCAGCAGCAGGCACAAAGCUCGCAGCAGCACAAAAGUUAGCAGCAGCAGCAGCACAAACGUUAGCAGCAGCAGCACAAACGUUAGCAGCAGCGGCACAAACAUUAGCAGCAGCAGCACGAACUUUAGCAGCAGCAGCACAAGCAUUAGCAGCAGCAGCAGCACAAGCGUUAGCAGCAGCAGCACACAAGAGCACCAGAAGCAGCAGCAGAAGCAGCAGCAGCAGCAGCAGCAGCAGCAGCAGCAGCAGCAGCAGCAGCAGCAGCAGCAGCAGCAGCAGCAGCAGAGCAGCAGCAGCAGCAGCAGCAGCAGCAGCAGCAGCAGCAGCAGCAGCAGCAGCAGCAGCAGCAGCAGCAGUGUGGUUGCUUACUGGCUUCUGUAA